AUGGAGGCUCUGGCUCGUAAUUUGGGAUUUUCUGAGAUAAGCUGUUUUAGUGCGAAUGGCCUUGCUGGAGGAUCAUGUCUAAUUUGGAAUCGUAAUAUUAAUAUGGUAAUUAACUAUGCGGCUGAUGGUUUUUUUAAGGCAACUGUUUGGGAUGGACAUAUCCAGUUUCAAUGGAAACUGUAUGCUGUGUAUGGCACCCCUUACAAUCAAGUUAAAGAUGUUUUUUGGAGUAGUUUGGAAAAGGAGGUCAACCAUUGUCAAAUCCCCUGGGUAAUGGUAGGUGACCUCAACUGUAUUGAAAACCAAGAAGAAAAGAUGGGAGGAAACAAAGUGACUUAUGCUGAAACACGAUGGCUCAAAAUUUUUUUUGAGAAUACAGGGUGUGUCGAUGUUCGAUUUAUUGGUGGCAAAUACACAUGGAAAAACAAAAGAUUCAAGGGGGGACUUAUCAGAGAAAGGUUAGAUAGAGCGUUGUGCUCUGCUAACUGGGUGACUGAGUAUGUUAACUCGGGAGUACAAAAUCUACCUAUCUCCAUCUCGGAUCAUGCACCGAUCGUUAUGGAUACACAUUUAUUUGUUACAAAAGGCUUUAUCCCGUUUCGAUUUUUUGAAGCCUGGACAUGGGAGGACUCCUGCAGAAUGGAAGUGGUUAAGUUGUGGUGUUUAUCUAGUCGUGGAGCGACUAACACUCUUUUGCAAAAUGUUAGCAGUACAAGAAAGGCGCUGCAAGUAUGGAAAAGGAGUUUGAAGAAUGUCAAUACAGAUGAUAUAAAGAACUUGGAGCGAAGGUUAGAUUGGAUUCAGCAACAACCUAUCUCGAAUGCCACCAGUGAAGAAGAAUUCAGAAUUCAAUCUCAGUUGAUGGAAGCCUGGCUGAAACAAGAGAGUAUGUGGAGACAGAAAUCCAGGGAGGUUUGGCUUGCUCUUGGUGAUCGCAAUACAAGAUAUUUCCACACAGCCACUGUCAUUAAAAAAAGGAGAAACAAUAUUUGGUCAAUCAAGGAUAAAGAUGAGAUGACUUGGAAAGACAAGAAGAAUAUAGCAAGGACCAUCAAUUCCUACUUCCUGGAUCUCUAUUCCUCUUCUCGGCCAAUUAUUGAUAAUGAUCUUGAAGAGCUGUUUGUAAAUCGCAUCUCCAAUCAAUCGAAUGAAGAUCUGAUGAAAAGCCCUUCCAAUAACGAGAUAAGGUCAGUCGUUUUCAGUUUGCAUCCCUUGAAAGCCCCCGGACCAGACGGGUUUUCAGGUUGUUUUUUCAGAAAAUACUGGAAUAUAGUGGGCUCUUGUCUUUGUGAAUCGGUUAAAGAAAUUUUUCAGGAUGGGUACAUUGAUCCCAGGCUUAACCGAACCUUUAUUUGCCUCAUUCCCAAAGUGGAGUACCCUACAAGCAUGGAUCAAUUUCGCCCAAUAAGUCUCUGCAACUUUUCCUACAAGGUUAUUGCAAAGAUCUUAUCCAAUCGUCUCAGGCCGUUAAUGGAAGAUUUGGUCUCUCCACUUCAAUCCGCCUUUAUCCCUGGAAGAUGGAUUGCUGAAUCUUCCAUACUCACUCAGGAGAUCAUUCAUAAAAUUCAACACAAGAGGGGCAAAGGAGGUCUUAUGGCUAUCAAGUUAGACAUGCACAAGGCCUACGAUAAAAUGGAGUGGAGCUUUAUUGAAAAGGUUCUUAGUGCUAAUGGAUUCAAUGAAAGAAGCAGAAGACUACUAAUGGCAUGUGUUACAAGUGUUUCAUACUCGGUUCUUUUAAAUGGCUCCCCCUUAAAGAAGAUUUUCCCUCAAAGGGGUUUGAGGCAAGGGGACCCCUUAUCCCCAUUCUUGUUUCUUCUUUGUCAAGAGGUUCUAUCCAAACUUCUAUCCAAGGCAGAAAGCUGCGGACUGGUUCAUGGUAUCAAAAUAUCUCAUUCUGCUCCUCCAAUUUCUCACCUAAUGUUCGCUGACGAUACCAUCCUCUUUGCUCGGGCUAAUGAAAAUGAUGCGAAUGCUCUCUUAAAGUGCUUAUCUACCUAUGAACUGUGGUCUGGCCAAACUUGUAGUAAAUCCAAAUCAGGUGUGUUCUUUUCCAAGAACUUAAGUUUGGAGAGGAGAAGUCGGCUUCUUAGUAUCCUCAAGAUUGAGAUGGUUCGAGGAGAUGAGAAACACUUGGGCAAUCCGUUUAUUUUCAAGAGAAGGAGGAAAGAGGAUUAUGCAAGAUUGAAAGAUAGUAUGACUAAGAAACUGGAGGGUUGGAAGAUGAAGUUGCUAUCCUAUGCAGGAAGAUUGACUCUUUUGAAAUCUGUAGCUUCUUCGAUGCCAAUUUAUGCGAUGUCCACAACUAAGAUCCCUUUAUCCAGUUGUCGACAAUUGGAUGCUCUAAUGAGAAAGUACUGGUGGCUUGGAAAUGUAGAGAAGGAUAGAUUCCUUGCUCUAAAAGCUUGGGAUAAUAUUUGCACUCCGAAAGCCUCGGGGGGACUAGGCUUGAGAAGAUGCGAAGAUAUGAACAAAGCUUUGGUGGCUAAGUUGGCAUGGUUUCUUGCUUCAAACAAAGAUAGACACUGGACAAAAUGUUUGCUGGAAAAAUACUGUAAAUUUGAAAGCUUCUGGAGUGUUAGUUCAAAAAGUAACGAUUCUCAUCAAUGGAAGGCCAUUCUAGAAUCAAGAGAUAUUUUGUUAAGGGGCUCAAUGUUUGUGGCUGCUUCAGGGGACAACAUCAAUUUCUGGACACAACCAUGGAUACCCUGGUUGGAUCAUCAUGAGUUCACAGAGUUGAUGCAACAAAUUCGAUUGAGAAGAUACACGAUUUCAACUCUAGCUGAUGUCUCCAUAGACAAUGAAUGGAACGAGGAGAUCAUCUUUCAAAUAUUUGGAGAAGAGCUAGGGAAUCGUAUCAUUCAGAUUCCUAGAAUACCAACCCCUUUCUCAGAUCAGAUCUACUGGAAGAAUAGUCUCACGGGGCAAUUUACUGUUAAAUCAGCUUAUUUUCUAGACCAAUCCUGGAGGUUUGCUCCUCCUAAUAAGGUUUGGAAUUGGAUGUGGGAAGGAGGGAUUCAUCCAAAAACCUCAGUCAUCUUAUGGAGACUGCUGAAUGAAGCUAUUCCUACUAAGAAUAGACUCCCUUUUGUUCGGGAUAAAGAUUGCAUCUUAUGUGACAGGGGAGGGGAAUGUGCAAUUCAUUUAUUUCGGGAUUGCAGUUUUGCUAAGGCGGUCUGGUUUGGAUGCAAUCUGCCUUUGAAGAUUGAUUGUAUUCCAGGCGGUAACAUGUUUACUUUUGUGGAGAAUUUGAUAUCUUCUCUGCCAUUUCAGGACAGAAAGGAGCUGCUUAAUUUCAUCGGGUGCGUUUUCACUGAAAUUUGGCAUCAGAGAAAUGCCACUUGGACUAGGAACAUGGCUGCCAAUCCCACUUCAGCUAUCAUUAACAUCAUGAGUGCAGUUCGAGAGAUUAAGAAUGCGCUUGCUUGUUCAGAAGGGACAAUCAUGGAAUCACAUCCAAACCAUAUGUCUUUAAAAGAUGAUAAUCUGGAGAAGAGUUCUCCAAUUGAGGAGGUCAGACAUGUCCUCUUUACGGAUGCUUCCUGGAUUAAAGGAGUGGCAGGAAUUGCUGCAAUUGGAGUGGAGCGGUCAACUGGCAGGUGGUUUGUUAAAGCCCAAAGAUCUCACUCGCAGUCUGCUCUAGAAGCAGAAUUAAGAGCUAUUCUUCUGGCGCUAAAUUGGGCGGUUGAGGAAGGCUGGAAAGAAGCCCACAUUCUUUCAGAUUCCUUGGUAGCUGUCUCGGCUCUUUCUACUCAAGACAGUCCUCCUGAGUGGAAAUCCUCUUCAAUUUAUUUUUCAAUUGUUAAACUUUUAAAGAACUUUGUUGUGUGCAAGUUUUUUUAUAUUUCCCGUAGUUUAAACACUGUGGCGGAUGGGGUGGCCAAGGGUGCUAGAGUCGCCUAUGAACAACACAUUUUGUAUCAAGGGGAGGGAAUUCCCCCUGUGAUUCCCAUCUAUUUUUCUGCUUAA